GAGGCUCUCGACCAGGCGGCAAAGUGGCUUACGGAAUGUCGGGCCUCUCAUGAGGAAUGCCGAGUAAGCGAUGCGGCGUUUGUGCCUAAUCGAUUACUCUAUCUGGGAGACGACCGGACAGACAGUAAUACCCUCGAGCUUGUCGAGAAGCCGGACCGUCCUAUACCCUAUGCGGCGCUGAGCCAUAGGUGGACAAAAGAAACGCCGGCAAAGUCCCUCCUCACGUCCAACUUAUUGGAUCGGAAGCAACAUGGUAUGCCUAUAGCAAGUCUGCCUCGAAUGAUGCAGGAUGUCGUGUUGGUACUGCGUCGAUUAGGCAUCCAGUACAUAUGGAUUGAUUGCUUAUGCAUCAUCCAGGAUGACAAAGACGAUUGGAAACGAGAGGCUGCCCUGAUGGCCUCCAUCUACACAAACGCUGAGCUUACUGUGGCGGCUUCGUGGUGCGACCAGCCUGACCAAAGUCUCUUUCGAGAUCACAGCGCCCCCCAUGAACUAACUUGGCCACUCUUGACCAGAGGCUGGGUGUAUCAAGAGCAGUUGCUGUCGCGCCGAAUGCUUCACUUUACGCAGAACGAGCUCAUUUGGGAAUGUUUUGAGACAACUCAUUGCGAAUGUGGAUGGUAUGACAACAAUACGAGCAGUCACGGCAUUCUAGGGUCGUUUAAACAAUCUCCUGUAUCCAAAUCUUGGGCCCAAAUAAUUAAAGGGUAUGCAAAACGUCCCCUCACUGUUAUCACCGACAAACUUCCAGCCUUGGCAGGCAUUGGUAAGGCGAUUGCUGCGGCAAAUGAUUACGAUGCAGCGGAGUAUCUCUGUGGGUUCUGGGAGAAGGAGCUUGAAGAGUCGUUCUUUUGGUAUCUCAGCGAGCCUCCUCGCUACGCACGACCAGAGAUUCGUAUGCCAACAUGGUCAUGGGCAUCUGUGAUUGGAGGUGUUGAGUGUUGGCAAGUCUCUCUGGAAGGCAUCGAGUUCUUGGGAAGUGAUAUGAAGUAUUCUGGCGAUCCCCUUUUAGGUGACGUGGUGGGCGGGACGCUGUCUCUCUCUGGACAUGUU